AUGAAUUCUACUUUUGUGCAGAAUGUUCCCAGUGAGCUUAUCUGCUACAUCUGCAAGGACUAUUUCACAGACCCUUUCACCCUUACUUGUGGGCACAACUUUUGUACUCCUUGUCUCUGCCUCUUGUGGGAAGAUGCUCAGCAUCCUCCUCGCUGCCCUGUGUGCAGGGCAGUAUCUCCAUGAACAGACUUCAAAAGCAUUAUUUUUGCUGCAAAACAAGUUCAUGUUUCCAAUGAAUCAGUUGCCUGCCAAUUACUGAACUCUGCCAAGGAAGUCUGUAGGAUACACCUAGUAGUAAAGGACCUCUUCUGUCCAACUGACAAGAGCCCACUGUGCUUGCACUGUGCCAAUUCCCAAAGGCAUGCCACUCACAGACACUCACCAAUAUCACAGGCUGUGUACCAAUAUCAGCAGUGCAGGGAGAAACUUCUGCUGCAAAAGAAGUCUAUUUGGAAAAGCAGACAGAAAAAUCAGAAAAAUCUAAACAAAGAAUACAACUUAUUUAGAGUAUGGCAGGAUUUGGGAGACAUCAUGAAAAGGAGUCAGUUAAUGCAGCUGCACAUUCCCCAGCCUGUGAACCCUCAGCUGAGCUCAUGGACCAUCACAGGGAUGUCCAAAAGGCUUAACAACUUGCGAGUGUAUCUUACAUUGGACCGUAACAUAAGCAAUUAUCACGUGGCUCUGUUUGAAGACUUGAGACACUUGCAAUGCAGUCCUGACUAUCAAGACAUGCCCCACAGUCCAGCAAGUCCACAAUACAUGCCUUUGUGGGGAGCUCAGACCUUCACCUCUGGCAAACAUUACUGGGAGGUGGAUGUGGGAAACUCUCAUAACUGGAUUGUAGGACUUUGCAAGGAAUCCUGGAUAAAUCGCAAUGGUAUGCUGCUCAAUUCUGAGGGUAUCUUUCUACUUCUGUGCAUCCAAAUGGAUGACAUCUGCCACCUCUUCUCUGCCUCCCCACCAUUGCGCCACUACAUCCAAAUACCCCAGGGCUGGAUAGGGGUGUUUCUAGAUUAUGAAUGUGGUACAGUAAGCUUUGUUAAUGUUGCCCAAAGCUCCGUCAUUUGUAAUUUACUCUCGUGCUCCUUUUCUUGCCCUCUCAGACGUUUCAUUUGCUAUGGACCCAAAUGA